AUGGAGAAGCACAUCCAGGACAAUAUGCAAGGUCACUUGGAUUUGGCUCAUUUAAGAAUAAGAGAACUGGAGCAAAGGCAGGAACAUGUCUGUACAAAUGGAAAAUUUCUUUGGAAGAUUUCCAACUACUCGCAACUAUUUCAACAAUCCGCCACCAAACGGGAAAAAGAAAAACUUUGCAGCCCUCCAUUUUACACUGGACAGUAUGGUUAUAAACUGCGGGCAGAGGCUUUCCUGAACGGUCUUGGACAGGGCAAGGGUACCCAUUUAUCUCUUUAUGUUGUUAUAAUGAAAGGGGAAUAUGAUGCUAUUCUUCCGUGGCCCUUUCAGCAACGAGUGGACUUUGUUCUUAUUGAUCAAGACAACGAAAUUGGUGCACGACAGAAUAAAGUGUGGAGACUGUCAUGUGACAGAGAUAGUGAUUACUUCAAGCGACCAAACAAGAUGAAGAGUCUUGGGUUUGGCUGCCCUAAGUUUGUAUCUCUUGAGACACUUAGGACUAGAAACUACAUCCGUGACAAUACAAUCUUUAUAAGAAUUGAUGUCGAGCCCCUAGAUAUUUCUUGA